AGAGCGUCGGAGGCGGGGCCGGGCGACCGCGGGUGAAAAUGGCCGGUGCGAGUGGUAACGUGGCGCAGAAAACCUGGGAGCUGGCGAAUAACAUGCAGGAAGUGCAGAGUAUCGAUGAAAUUUACAAAUACGACAAAAAGCAGCAGCAGGAGAUCCUCGCAGCCAAACCCUGGACUAAAGACCAUCAUUACUUCAAGUAUUGUAAAAUCUCUGCCCUCGCACUUUUGAAGAUGGUGAUGCAUGCCAGGUCAGGUGGAAACUUGGAAGUGAUGGGUUUAAUGCUAGGUAAAGUGGAUGGAGAAACAAUGAUCAUAAUGGACAGUUUUGCUCUCCCUGUGGAAGGGACAGAGACGAGAGUCAAUGCUCAGGCUGCUGCUUAUGAAUAUAUGGCUGCUUAUAUAGAAAAUGCAAAACAGGUUGGACGUCUUGAGAAUGCAAUUGGCUGGUAUCACAGUCAUCCAGGUUAUGGAUGUUGGCUUUCAGGAAUUGAUGUUAGUACUCAGAUGUUGAAUCAACAGUUCCAGGAACCAUUUGUAGCAGUGGUGAUUGACCCUACGAGAACGAUAUCAGCUGGAAAAGUAAACUUGGGGGCUUUUAGGACAUAUCCUAAGGGUUAUAAACCACCUGAUGAAGGUCCUUCAGAAUACCAGACUAUUCCACUUAACAAAAUAGAGGAUUUUGGUGUACAUUGCAAACAGUAUUAUGCUCUUGAAGUUACAUAUUUUAAGUCAUCACUGGAUCGUAAACUACUUGAACUUCUAUGGAACAAAUAUUGGGUCAACACACUCAGUUCUUCAAGUCUACUCACGAAUGCUGAUUACACCACAGGACAAGUGUUUGACUUAUCUGAAAAGUUGGAACAGUCAGAAGCCCAGCUCGGUAGAGGUAGUUUUAUGCUUGGUUUGGACACUCACGACAGAAAAUCUGAGGACAAGUUGGCCAAAGCUACUCGAGAUAGCUGCAAGACUACCAUAGAAGCGAUACAUGGUUUGAUGUCUCAAGUAAUUAAGGAUAAACUUUUCAAUCAGAUCAAUAUACCUUCUGCAUAAGGUACUGAAACUCAUCAAAGGAAGCUCCUGUAGAAUGUGCUCAUGAUGCUUAAAGAUACUCUGUACAAUUCCAACUUAUCUAAACAGACAGCAUCUAUAGUUGGUUCUCCAGGACAUUGGUGACCUAAUGUAUUAUUUUGCAAACUAUGGGCUGUUUUUCUUAGCUUUCAUUAUCCUGACUAGUAAUUUUAAUCAAUAUUGUCAAAAUUUUGUAAAAUGGCAGCUGUUAGACCAUCUCACUUUGUUAUGCCUAAAUCCACCACAAUCCAAAAUAAGGGAGGAUAAAAUAUAUCAAUGGAGUUUCUUAAAAAAAAGUGUGUUCUUCAUGUGUUAUUAAAAUAUGAUAAUAUUACCAGAGAUUGCACUUCCAUUUUGUUUUUAAUUUGAAUUAUUUCAAAGACUCUUAGUGCUGAAACGUGCACUGUUUUACAAUUCACUCACUGAAAUCUUCACAUUGAUUAUAUACCUCCUUGAUCUAGAAUCAAUAAAUGAUACUUUUACUGCUUC